AUGAUAAAUCUGAGUCAAACAGAUCAGAAACUCAGAGCAGGGCAAAACGGCUCAAUCAAUACGAGGAGCCAAAAAAAUCCCCCCUCCUUGCACUAUGUCGACUACAACAAUCCCACCGAAUUAACCCCCCCAAGGAAGCCCAAUCAGAUAAGGCCUAAAAAAGCUGCCCUCCACGAACCUCCAGAACAAGUCAAACCUCCCACUAAAGAUGACAAGUCUUUCUAUAAAUAG